AUUAAAAGCCCCUCAAAUUUGCAAGAUGUCCACUCAACCCUGCACUUGCAUUUCUUCUUGCCUCUCACCAUGACCUCGUAUAUUGGCUGUAUUCCUGUAUCUGUUAUCUUUGACCCUGACUUGCCUCUGUCUGUUGUCUCUCUGUCAAUUGCUCGCUCUCUGGGUCAUCCCGAGUCAGUCUUGCAUUUUUCCGAAAUACGUACGGCCGCUUAUCAAGGUUGCUCGCUCACUACCGAUGUCGACUUCGAGGUCGGAUGUCUUGUCGAUGCUGAUGUUGCGAUUGGCCUGAAUUGGAUUGGUGCGUGGUGCACCAUCGGUCGUGAAUCUGAUGUUGCUCUUAAUUUUGCUCGUCGUUCUAUGUCUGCUACGCCUGGUGAUGUUAUUUGUACUUCCUCUUUCUACAUUCACUCAUUCCGUUUUGUUCCUCUAGCCGAACCAUGUCUCUUUCAUGGUAAUGCCGACCUGGACAAUCAAACUAUUGAUGGUAGUCAGUUGGAUUUAGCCCAAUCCUCGUCCCUCGACGGGGCAGUUUUAUCGUCGCGCACACGAUCAGCAUAUAUCGUUCAUGAUAUCUUUUUGGCAUGUGUCAUUCUGGGGUUCGCAUCAGCCCUUUUUUGUCCGACCCCGCUUUGCUAAGUUAGGCUUGUACUCUGCACGGCUUAGUAUUUCCUCAACCGUAUUCACUUCUCGAGUUACGCAAUCUAUUUUUAC